AUGGAUUACUUUGGGCCUGUUGAGGUUUCACAAGGGCGCAGUAAGCAGAAGCGAUGGGUGGUAUUAUUUACCUGUUUAGUAACGCGUGCGGUACACUUGGAGCUGGCCAACGAUUUAACCGCGGCAUCAUGCCUGAUGGCAAUUCGAAGAUUUGUGGGUCGACGAGGUAUGCCACUCGAGUUUUGGUCGGACAAUGGAACCAACCUAAAAGCAGCUGGAAAGGAAAUUAUGGAGAAGAUUCGAAUCAUCGAAGAAGAAUGCGCGGACACUUUCACCGAUGCGCGCACAAGAUGGCGAUUCAUCCCACCUGCUACCCCCCAUAUGGGGGGCUCGUGGGAGCGCCUUGUUCGGACGGUAAAGGAAGCAUUGGAGACAAUUCUUGACGGCAAACGACUUACGGACGAAAUUUUUCACACAGCAAUCGUCGAGGCAGAAGACAUGGUGAAUUCGCGUCCAUUAAUAUAUGUACCUGAAGGAAUUUCUAAUGCUAUCAGCCCUAACCACUUCUUGCGGGGUAUAUCUCCUAACGAGCCCCUCCAAGUUCCACCACCUCCUCACUCUGCAGAGGCUCUCCGUAACGCCUACUAUCGCUCUCAAGAACUAUCCGAACAAUUGUGGCAACGAUGGAUAAAGGAAUAUGUACCGAUGAUUAAUAAAAGAAGUAAGUGGUUCGCCGAAACGAAGCCGCUAAAAACAGGAGACUUGGUGUACGUUACGGAUGGAAAAAACCGUGAGUUGUGGGUGCGAGGAACCGUGGUCGAGCUGAUAGUGUCUAAAGACUGCAGAAUUCGGCAGGCUUGGUUGCAAGUAGGGCUGGCUUGUACUCUGCAGCCUCCUCUGAUGGUAUCUGAAGCGUACAUAGAUAAAGUGGACCGAGAACAGUCCCCGUGA